GUCAAAUUCAGUAUUGUUUGGUUGGAUAUUGAUAGUUACAUAUGCACGUGUACUACAAUAUCAAUUUAAAUGCUAAAUUCAAUAAAUUAGUACAACUAUGGACGCAUAUGAUAUAUUCAAAAAACUGACAAAAGGUCUAAAGUUUAAACAACGACCUUUGGGUACAAAGAACCAACAAAAGCAAACUAUUCCAUCAGCACUAAGGAUAGAAAAAGAUGUAAAAGAAGAAAAACUUAUACAAUACAAUAUUGACUCACAAAAUAACUCAGGAUCUGAUAAUGAAAAUGAUGAUAUUAUUUUGGGGUCUGGAAACGAAAAUGAUACAAAUGACUCAGUGUCUGAAAAUGAAUAUGAUGAAAAAAAAGCUGAUUCUGAAAAUGGACAUAAUUGUGCACUAGGUACAAAACUGGAGGGGAGUUUAGAGGAGGACUGUGAGUUACAGUUAGUUGCAGGUGUUACUGUAGAAAAAAAGAUGAAAAAUAAGAGUAAACUGGACCCUGUAGAGCUAAAGAAGAAACUAGAGCUAGAAGAGCAAAACCAUUUCCGCAAUUUGCAUGGCAUCAAAGCGAUAGGACGUCACAUACCAAAAGCUUUAGAAGAUUUCACCGAUGUUGUAACCAGAUAUAAAGUCGCACAGACAUUAAUUGACACAGUAGUACAAUGUGGAUAUUCAGAGCCUACGCCGAUACAACGACAGGCCAUUCCUUGUUUAUUAGAGGGACGCCAAAUUGUAGCUUGCGCGCCGACGGGGUCUGGUAAAACUGCAGCUUUCCUGGUACCAUUGUUGCAUUUACUGGGGGCUCCUUCCGGCGGCCCGAGAGCCCUGGUGCUAUGCCCAACGAGGGAACUGGCUCAUCAGAUAUACCGUGAAGCACUCAGACUGUCCGCGUCAACUCAACUUAGGUGCACUGUUAUUAAAAGUGUAAAAGAAAGCAAGAUAAAGGAACGGGAGAAUACUAUAAGGAAAAGCGAUUUAGUAAUAAGCACACCAAAUCGCUUGUGCUACCUGCUCAGUCAGGAAAAUGUAGGCGUCAAUUUGGAAAAGGUGCAGUGGCUAAUCAUCGACGAGGCGGACAAAAUGUUCGAGGGCUCCACAGAGGAAGUAAACACAUUCCGCCAGCAACUGGGAGUCAUCAUUGCCGCCUGCAAAGCUCGGCUCUCUAAGUUCAGCGCCACGCACACGCCAGCGAUCGCGAAGUGGGCCCGCCACAAUAUGAAAGGACUCAUCAACGUCACUGUCGGACUCAGAAAUGCUGCAGCUACGUCAGUGGAACAGGAGCUUCUGUUUUGUGGAAACGAGAAUGGAAAACUGGUCGCGUUCAGACAGUUAGUGCAAAAGGGGCUCAAACCGCCUGUCUUAGUGUUCGUUCAGAGUAAGGACCGCGCCAAGCAGCUAUUCAAAGAGCUGAUCUACGACGGCAUCAAUGUGGACGCCAUUCACGCGGACAGGACGCAGGCGCAGCGCGACAACGUAGUGCGCAGUUUCCGCGUGGGACGCAUAUGGGUGCUGAUUUGCACGGAGCUGAUGGGGCGCGGAAUCGAUUUCCGCGGCGUCAACCUCGUCGUGAACUACGACUUCCCGCCCUCCGCUAUAUCCUACAUCCAUAGGAUAGGUCGAGCGGGGCGCGCGGGUCAGACGGGCCGAGCGAUAACGUUCUUCACCCAGGACGAUGUGGUCAACCUUAGGAGUAUCGCGUCAGUAAUGAAGCAGUCCGGUUGCGAGGUGCCGCAGUACAUGCUGACUCUGAAGCAAAACGCCAGUCGAAGGAAGAAUCUGCUGAAGAAGGCCCCGCAUCGAGAUCAAAUCUCCACCCGACUGGAGAAGCCAGAGAAGAGGAAACUAGACGAGAAGACAGAUAAGAACGACACCGGUAAAUCUAAAGACACAGUUGCAAUCAAAAAUAGCAAAAGUAACAAGCAAAGGAAAGUUGACACCGGAGAAUCCAAGACACAGCGAGGCGUUAAAGAAAAGAGAGUUAAAGAAAAAGACAGCAAGAAGGGAGUCAAGAAAACUAAUAAGUUGGGAAAAACUAAAAGGAAAAAGAAGAAUUUUUCGAAAGCUGCUGUAAAAAAAUGAUAAUAAAUUUAUGAUAGCUUACUGAUA